UAUUCAUGAUGUGUUUCCGGACAAUAUCACGUUCUUCAAGCUGUGGUUCCUCUGAAGUUUAAGUAUGACGGCAUGUUAUUAGACCUCAGGAGCGGUUGUGACAAGAGUAACAACAUGCUGUAGCAGUGAUGUCACUUUCGUGUUUGAGUCACUAAAUUCCCACACAGCAGAGGUUUGUAACGUGGGCGACAGGCGCUGAUAAAUGGAGGUUGAGUCGACUAGUGCGUGAAUAGGAAACAAGCGACAUGGAGGAAAGCGUGUGCUGCUGCGGUGCCGACACAGCAGUUCAUUAUCAAACCACCUUCACUCAACUUGUUCGCCUUAAAAAGAAGAGCCGUCAGAUAAUGGCUCCGAUUUCAGUCGUGGUGCUCCUCCUCCUCACCUCAGCAGCCGUGGCUCUGCUGCUCGUGUUUGGGCUUAUGAAGCAGCCUGACAGUCAUUCAUCAGGCAUCAACCUCAAACAGCAGCAAAUCAUAAAGGUCAAGAAUCCAAGUGCCAUGCUAACAGUUGGCAGUAACAUUAAUGGGAAAUGCCUUAAAUGGGAGAGUGAUUUGGGAAUUGCCCACUGUCAUGGAGGUUUCAACUACGACGAUGGGAACCUUGUGGUGCCCAGAGACGGCAUCUACAGAGUCUUCCUGCAGAUCACCUAUCAGAGUUUGGAUUUGUGCCUCGAUGACCUGAGACUUUCUAGCAAUGUGUUUUUCCUUGGGGAUAGUUACAAUGACAGUGUGCUUUUGCUGUCAUCAUUCGACACAGUGAGUUGUAGCAUGAAGCAAUGGCGUAAAUCCAUCUAUACGGCUGGCUUGUUUGAGCUGGAGGCUAACGACAGACUAUAUGUGACAUCAUCGAACCAAAAUCUUAUUAUAGAAGAUGAAAACUUGGUGUUCUUCGGUGCUGAACUUCUGGCUCAGUAAUCUGCUCAUACAGCUAGAACCAUCUAAAUUAACCAUCCGCUCCACAAAAACCUAAAAAAAUCUGUGAAGUUAUGGUUUUCCUUAAUUAUUACAGCUAAGGAAAAGUCUAAAUCAAGGCAGUCAUGUUUCAUUUGUUUGUCAACUGAAUAUGAUUCUGAUUUGCAAUGGAAUGUGAUAUAUUAGUCAAAUAAAGCGACCAAUUUGAGGAGGUAACAUUGGGAUCUGGAAAUAGUGGUGCAUGUUAGUAUGUAUUUUCUGACAUUUCACACCCUCAAAAACAGAUUGCAAGCAGUAAUAGUUAAGGUUUAAGCUUGAGAGUGCUGAGAGAUAUCAUGGUUAGUUUAGAUUUUGACAUUUCUUGUUUACAAGUAGUGACCAUAAAUGGCCACCCUAAGCAUAAUAAUUCAUUAUAAAGGGAAACUUCGACAGCAUUCAAAAUGUUAGUUUUGUGCUGUUGGGUCUUUCAAACCUAGAUGCACUGAGAAAAACCUGUUUUGUCUAAUGUGGAUACUGUAGAGCCAGUUAGGAAUUUCAGGUCUUUUGUUGCUGUGAAAGUUAAAUCCUUUGAAAGGAUAAUGUGAAUUGUUGUGCUCACAGGAUAUAGAGAGCCCUGUCUCUAUUUGGACUUCACAGGCAUUCAUAUCAUAUGGUCUAUCCCUCUCAGCUCAGGUUAGGGGGUGGAAAUGCAGUCAUUGUUUACUAGUCAAGUGAUUAUUCUAGUAACAUCUACAUUGUAUAUCACAAGCAUGUUUUAUCUGAAAGUAAUAAGUAUUUCAGGACAUUGGUUAUUCAGUACGUACCAUGUAACUCUGUAUGUAAGCUUGUCUGGUUGGAAAAGUAUUACAAGGCUGAAUCACUCAGUUAUUAUUUGUUCCUGCAUUACAAUGUGUAGCUAGGCAACUUAGAGGGUUGGAUUAGGAAGGUCUGAAUAGUAGAACAAUAUUCAACAGGCAGGCUAAAACAAAUAAACACACAAACCCUAACAUUUUUGUGGUGUGACUAAUCAGGUUUAUUACCUGCUGGGCUUUUAUUAGGUGAUAAAUGCCGAAUACUUUCACCAGUGACUAAGCAAAGAUUGCUAAUAUAGAUGUGCUUUGUGUUGGAAUGUUGGAAGUAUUGCAUUUGAUGUUGUCUUCAGAAUGAUGUAGAAUCAUAUUUAAAACAGCGUUAUGUUGACAUGACCAAUGUUUGGUUGACCCAGGCAUGGCGUCAGUAGAAUAGCUGCAUCAAAUAAAAUGCUUUGUAAAAGGCAAUAAUUUAGGGGAAAUAAAACCUGUUGUGUAUGAAGGAGUAACAGUUGUAUUAUUAUUAUUAGUUUUAGAGUCAUGAUGUCUAAAAUCAACAUCCUUGGGUUUUGUCUCAUAAUAUUUUUUUUUCUUUUUCUUAAUAAUUAUCUGUUUUAGGACCAUAUAACAUUUUCACCUCCUUCAUUUGGCUAAAAAAGCUCCGUCAUCUUUAAACUUGUAUGUGACAGUUUUCAAUGUCACUGCAGCAUGCAGUCUGGGAAAGGAAUAAAGUUGAUGUUGGAGUUAGUCCAGAGAACUGUCACUCUGACAGAUCACUUGGUGAGGAAGUCCAAGAUCUAGCCAGCGAUAUUUGUGUCCAACCUGAAACGCUCAAUAGGCAUGUGAAUCAGCAGCAGAGUGAUGGUUCGGAUCCUGAAUUCUCCUGUAUGUUGGAACUUCCACAAGUUCCUUUUCAAUCAACUUUUCGGAAGAAGUGAGGUCAAAGCAAGGACUUUAUUCAGAGUCUUAGUAUUAUUAUAUGACAAAAUACUAUGUAAUAAAUGUGGUGAUGGAUUACAAAGGCAUGUGUGUAGAUGACUUUCUUUCACUGUGGGGUUUAUUGUAAACUGAUAUAUAAUAUUGUAUUAUCAUAUAAUAAAUUAUAUAUUGGAAGAACUUUCUC